GGCUUCCUGGAAAGUGACGCAGAAACGUGGCUUGCAUACUAGUCAACGAUUUGCGCCCCUGUCAUUCUCUCCUUUUCUGGUACAUUCGAAGACGAGUGUUACUUUGAUCGUAUUUUUGUCGGAAUACAGCCGCCAACCUGUAUUCACCACUCUUCGUUCGCUUUUGUGCUCGCAAACAUAAUCUCCCUAUCUCUGCCAAAAGGUUAGCGAAACGCCGACGAGAACGUAUCGAGUCCGCUCUACAGACUCGCAAAAUGGCCACCGCUCCACCCCAAGCCAGACCUGAACCAGGUCAGUGGAAAAAGAACCUUUCGCAUCAUCUUAUUUGUCCCGAGUGCAAGGAGGUCCCGCCCAAUCUGGAGUUUCCCGGGUCGCAUGAAACUGUAUGCGGGUCUUGUGGUUUAGUGCUCGCUGAUCGGGAAAUUGAUAUGCAUUCUGAAUGGCGUACUUUCUCCAACGAUGAUCAGAACAACGACGAUCCAUCUCGUGUCGGUGACGCUUCAAACCCUUUGCUUAACGGUGACCAACUGGAGACCCAAAUUGCAAGUGGAGGCUCUGGCCGUGCUCGUGACCUGUAUCGUGCUCAGAACAAGCAGUCGAGCGAGAAGGCGAACAAGUCUCUUCUGGCUGCUUACAAAGAGAUCGGUGCUUUAUGCGAUGGAUUUAGCAUUCAGAAGAAUGUCGCCGAUACCGCCAAAUAUCUUUUCAAGAUAGUCGAUGAUGCGAAGGCCUUCAAAGGAAAGUCCCAAGAUGUGAUCAUUGCGGGUUGUAUUUUCAUCGCUUGCCGUCAAUGCAAGGUACCUCGUACCUUCACCGAAAUCUUCGCUGUUACGAAAGUGUCGAGGAAGGAAAUUGGCCGAAUCUACAAGGCGCUGGAGAAGUUUUUCACGGCACAAAACCUUGAAAGAAACAACGCCGUGGUGUCAAACGGUGGAGUCCCAGAUCCCAACGACACGUACACUGCAACAACUUCCACCAAACCCAGCGACCUGUGCAACCGUUUCUGCAAUCUACUGGAUUUGCCCUUCCAAGUUACUAGUGUUUCUUCUGCACUCUCUGACCGUGUCACAACCAUGGGAGACCUGGCCGGCCGAUCUCCUUUGUCCAUCGUUGCGGCUUGUAUCUACAUGGCCUCGUAUCUGAUGGGGCACGGCAAAACGGCCAAAGAAAUCAGUCAGGUCGCCCAUGUCAGCGACGGAACUAUCCGCGGUGCCUACAAACAGCUCUACGCGGAGAGGGAGCGCCUGAUUGACCCGGAAUGGAUUAAGGACGGAAAGGGCGAUCUGAAGAACCUCCCCGCCAGUUGAAUAGGCCUUAUACUCUCCCCACAUAGCGCUUGGGGGUGAAAAAUUGCUUCCUAUUUAGAUGAUGCCAAGCCUCUAACAAUACCAUGAUACCCAAUCAAAGAAGAAAUUUAAUAUAAGAACGGGGGGCAGAAUGGGAAGACACCAAUCCC